AUGCUGAAGAGGACGAACGUGCGUCUCCUCCGCCGCCUGAGCACUUUCAAAGACCCCCGGACAACGUCAUUGAAAGAGGCCAUCUCCCCGCCAACAGCCAGCCAUUCGAGAGUAUCUACCACUUCGUCAUCUACCGCCGACUACAAGCCGUUCGACACGAAGGUCUCCAAACUCGACAAUGGUCUACGGGUGGCCAGCGAGGAUUAUUUCGGCGAAUACUGCACAUUUGGAGUGGCGAUUGAGAGUGGAUGUCGUCAUGAAGCACUCUAUCCAAAGGGCACAACACAUGUCAUCGAGAAGCUAGCCUUUGCUUCCACGCUCAAGCAUGCCAGGGAAGACAUCCUCUCGGCAAUCGAGAAAAGCGGUGCCCUAAUCGACUGUCAAGCCACCCGCGAUACAAUCAUCUACGCAACCUCUUGCCAUCGUGAGAAACUGCAAGAAAUGAUGGAAAUCAUCUCGAGCACAAUCCUCCGGCCCCGUUUCGAUGAGGACGAGAUCGCGGAAGCCAUUGCAAACUGCAACUUCGAGAGCAGCGAGCUGGGCAAGCAGAUCGAAAUCGAGCCCUUUUUGACAGAUCGUAUCCACCAAGCGGCUUUUCGAUCGAAUACUCUCGGCUUCCGGCGUCACGUCGACCCGUCAGAAAUCGAGAAUGUCGAAGAUUUCUCGCGGGAUAAACUCUACGAAUACAUGUGUCGAUAUUAUACGCCAAAACGGAUGGUAUUGGCUGGAGUUGGAAUGGCACAUGAUGAAUUGAAUGCUCUGGCACUUCGACAUUUGGAUGAGAGAUCGGCCAUCUGGAAUAUCGAUCGAAGUGUGGAUGUGAGCAAGAGUCCGAAGAUGGAAUUGAGUACUUCUCAAUAUACAGGAGGAGAUUGGAGACAAGUUGUUGAUCUGUCUGAAGUGGGAAUCGGCACUCCAUUCCCUCAUCUGGCACAUGUUGCCGUGGGAUUCGAGGGCUGUGGAUAUCAUGAUGAGGAUUUCAUCGCGUUCUGUGUGAUGCAAGCAUUGCUUGGUGGAGGAGGAUCUUUCUCGGCUGGUGGCCCGGGAAAGGGAAUGUUUACGAGGCUGUAUGAUGGCGUGCUCAAUAGAUGCCAUUGGCUGUAUAGAUGCACAGCCUUCAACCACUCCUACGCGGACACUGGUCUCUUCUGUAUCCAAGGCAGUGCCCCUCCAGAACGUAUCAAUGAUGCAUUGACCGUGAUCCUCGAUCAAUUCCUCCACCUCCCGAAGGGAUUCGACGCCGAGGAGCUGGACCGUGCGAAGGUGCAGCUCAAAUCUCAGAUCAUGAUGAAUCUCGAGAUUCGUCCGGUGAUCUUUGAGGAUAUGGCUCGACAAGUGAUGGCUCAGGGAAAGAGGAGGAAACCUCAGGAAACGAUGGCCAUGAUUGACAAAGUGACGGCCGAGGAUUUGAUUCGUGUUUCGAGGAGGAUGUUGGCUUCUAAGCCCUCUCUCGCAUCAUACGGCCAGAUUGAGAAUGUCGCCAAAUUCGAGCAGGUUGAGGAAGCCGUCGCUCAACAAGAUCUCCGAUUACUUUUUACGAAGAAGAAAAUUGGAAUGGAACCAGCAGGGCCACGGCUAUUCUCAGAUGAUCAUCUCACAACAACUCUUGCUCCCGAACCGACAGACGAAGGGUCUACUAGUCUUGUUUUGGACCUAGAAUCGGUGCCCAAUUUCUUCGAUCUCCCAGCAACAAUCUCGUGGAUAACCGAGAAUGACUUCGCAAAAGUUGGCCUGCAAUUCCCGGAUCGUUUCAUCCGAUAUUCCCGCUUCAUCGCUGAACGAAUAGAGAAAGAGACGAAAGCCAGGGCCUAUGUUUUGGCGGAUACUUCUUAUAAAAGUUGUUGUGUGGAUGAGGUAGCGGCUGCGCAUGUUCCCUGUGAUUCAAUUGUCCAUUAUGGGGAUAGUUGUUUGAGUACAGCCACCGGGGCCGUUCCCGUUAGAUAUGUACUGGGCCGUCUUCCUCUAAACGUUGAUGAAGUGACGAAGGGAUUUCGAGAAAAUAGCGCCCACAUAGAGGCUUCCGUCAUUUUACUGACCGAUGCCGCGUAUGCGUAUUCUAUCGAAGAGCUCUCCCAACAAAACCCACAGCUUCUCGUGGCGCGGCUGGAUAAUGGGGAAAUUCGCGAUAACGAGGUA